CCGAGUGCGAGGUGUUUUUUUCAUUUUCGGUAACUUCGUGCGCUUUUUUUUUGUGUUAUUUUUGUUUUCGCAAUACGCGACCGAACGGGACGGACAAUUGAUUGUGUCGCUUGAAGACGCAGGAUCAUUGCGAUUUGGGAUUAACUGGCGAUAUUCAGAGGAAAAAUGGCGUCUAUGAUGGAUUGCGUCCGGUAAAUCCCCCGCGAAGCAUGUUAAAACUGGAGGAGCUAGAAAAUUAUGUAGUAGAAAUGGAGAACCGUAGCCCGCUCAACCCCAACCAAUCCCAAAACAUCAACGAGGACCUCUGGACCCAGCUGCAGCAGAAGGAAAACGACCUCGUCCUGGCCGCCGAACUGGGCAAAGCCCUACUCGAAAAGAACGAGGAACUGAAGAAGCAACAGGACGCCAUCAUCGACGAGUACUCGAAAAAAUUGGAGGCAGUCGAACAGGACAGGCACGUGCUCAGACGGAAAUUGACCAGCAAGGAAUCAGAACUAGACGCCAGACUAAUCGAAUUACAGAACGACAUCACCGAACUAACAAACAAAUUAGCCUCCAAAGAUAAUCUCUUAAAACAAUGGGAACGUGAAAAAGCAACGCUGGUCGGCGAACUGACUGCGCAGAACGCCCGCCUGACCGCCCAGCUAAAAGAGGCGGCCGCCGCCGAGACGCAGCUGCGCCAACAGUUGGACGGCCUGAAGGAGCAGUGCGCGAUGGGCAAGAGCAACUUGCAGGAGCACAUGAGCAGCGUCGACGGUCUGCGUGACGAGCUCGAGAUACUGGCCGAGAAGAACAAGGAGCUGGAACGUAGGCUGCACAUGGCGGCCGCCGACCGCGACGGCAUGGCGAACGCGCUGGAGGAGGCGUCCGAUCGCAUACUGUUGCUGGAGCGGCACGCGAGGGAGCAGGAGAUGCGCUACCAGCAGAGCGUCAAGGACUACUCGCUGCCGCAGGAGAAGCUGAGCAUCGAGGAGCGGAUUGCCGUGAAUGACCAGCGAUCUCUAUUGUCAGAAAUGGACAUAUCGGAGCCGACACUGAGCCAGGAGUGCAUGUCGGUUUACAGGCAGCUCAGGUCGCUGGUGCACCAGCUGAAGUCGCACAGCGAUGACGACAGCGGGUUACAUUCGGACUGUUCCACUGUCUCGAUGGAGGACAGCUCCAGAUUCACGCCCGGCUUGCUCAGCGAGGUGGCCCAGGAGCUGGUCGGAUUGGUUUUGGACACCGACGUGGUCAGAUUGUUGGAGAGACUGGAGCAGGCGAGACGCGAGAUCCAGGAACGCGACGAAGAGCUGACCAGACGUUCCGAACGCAUAAUGGAGCUGAGCAGCAAAGCGUCGGUGUGCGAGGUCGAGCUGCAAGCGGCACUGGAGGACAGGGACAGGGCUAGGGUGGACGCGUCCAACACGUCCAUGAACCAGGACGAGAUUGUGUCGAAGGCACGUGAAGACCGUGACCAGGCGGUGCAGAGACGGACGAAGGCGGAGGUGGAACUGGCGAAGACGCGCGUCGAAUUGAUGCAGGCCAACAGCCAGCUGCUGGAGAGUAUACAGCAGAAGGUUGAGUUGAGCCAGCAGCUCGAGCAGUGGCAGAUGGACAUGCAGGAACUGCUCGACGAACAGCUGAGGAACAAGCUGAGCUCGCAGGAGGUGAAGAUGAGGGCCGGGGACGCGCCGGUGGUUCCGCCGAGACGAAGACUUUUGAGCUUCUUCAUCCGAUAGCAAGAGGCCUUAGAUAAUUUUGUACAUUUGAUUAGGUGCCGCGUUCGCGUGGACGUGCAGCUGCAGAUUUUGAUAUUCGUCAUGUUCUGGUGUGCGGUCAUCGUCUUCUUGGUCGUUUACAAGGUUCUGGUCGUGCUGUACGUCCUGCCGGUUUGCGUUGUCGGCGCGUCGUGCAAUAAGAUUGACCGUCGCGGCUGUAGGAUGUUAAAAUAGUAAAUUAAAAUCUGUGAUUUAAUUUAUGUUCUGUUAAUCGAUUAAUUAAUAGUGUUACCAUUUCUAACGUUUCGUGUUUUUAUGUCUCGACAUUUGAUUUUUGUUUGUAUUCGUGUACGAAUAAAAUUGUGAAUGUAAUCUAAUCCGUCCAAAAAUUUUAACAGUUGUAACUAAAGAAUCAAAAUUAAUGCUUUUAUCAUUCAAUAAAUAAAUUAUUUUAUUAGUACUAAAA